AUGGCUAAUUCCAGUGUACGAGUCUGUAAAAGUCUGUUUUCAGGAAGUCACAUUGCCCUGGAACAUCACUGGAACAAUCACCUUGAUACAAUGUUAAUAUGCACUUUACAGAUUGACGAUGUAGGUGAUAAACCCGUCCUCGAGUUCAAAAAUUUAGGUGAUACACCUGUACAAUUAGAUAUAUUAAGCUACAUUAGUUAA